UGCUCUGUCCCAGCGCAGGACUUCCCUCUGACUUGCAAGACCGCAUUUAGUCCCACAACAAGUCCAAGUUUCGGAGUGCACGGGAGGAAGAAGCGAGUUUGGAGUGCUCUCCGAGUCGAUAUUUUAACGACUGUGCACAAAAAAAGAGGCACGAAAGGAUCCUUUUUUUUCUUUUUCCUUUUUUUCCUUUCCUUUUUUUUCUUUUUUCUUUUUUUUUUUUUUUACCUGUUGAUGAAGUCCCACCGGGUGUGGGGCGCAGAGGAGCAGUCGGGUUUCUUCACUGUGAAGAAAAGUCUGAAAACGGUGCAGAUAACACACCACUCCAGUGGCCAGGAGGAGUGAAGGACUUCGGGUUUUUUCCUUUUUUUCCCCAGCAGUUGCAGCCUGUGCUGGGUUGGUGGAAAAUGGGCACUCCGACCACUUCGAUCUGUGGACUUAUCCUCCUCACUAUACUCACAUGCCAGCUGGUCACUGUGACUCAGGCCUCCAAGGUGUGGGGAGAGGUCCCUCUGCCAGAAGAUUUGGAGGCAGAGAAGGAUGUCCGGGCGUCCCAGAGCUUACUGGAUGAUGACGAAGACUUUGCUGCUGAUGAGGCCUCAGGAGAUCUGCCCAGUGGAGAGGAUGAUGGAAGCACACCAUGGCCUCCAGCCCCUGAGAGCACAAUUUAUUAUUACAGAGCUCUCGUCAACUUCACCGACUCCCUGGUUUACGGCCCUGAGCUUGAAGACAUCUUCUCUCCAGCCUUUAUUGAGAUCUCUGAAGCAGUGGUGGACACGCUGGAGUCAGAGUACAACAGGAUUCCAGGUGUGCAGACAGUCAGCGUGGUCCUCAUUAAGAAGGUGAUAAGAGAGGAUGGCGUGGAUGUAUUCGUGGAGUUGGAUGUGGGUUCUGACUACAACAGCAAUGAAGAGCAGAUCUACAGCGUGCUGUACAAUGUGGUGAAGGAGGGAGCCAUCGCUUCCUACGUGACAUCAGUCCAGGGCUUUCAGUUCAGACAGCUUGGGGAAGUCGCCCCCGGCAUCAGACCUUGCAUGCCAGAUGAACACAGGUGUGGUGAUGGGGCAUGUAUCCUGAUGGAAUACCUGUGUGACAACAGAGCAGACUGCAGAGACAUGAGUGAUGAGAUCAACUGUGGUGAAUUUGUUUUAGAUUUAAAACGGCCAAUCGCUCCAGUCACCCCAACUCCUGGCACCACAACCACCACCAAGAAGCCCCCACGCCCACCUAGCAUACCUGGACCCUGCAGAGUGGAUCAAGCCACAUGCCAGAGCGGAGAGUGUAUCCCUCGAGACUACAUCUGUGAUGGAGAGAGGGAUUGCUCGGAUGGAAGCGACGAGUUCAGAUGUGGUACACCAUCUCCCUGUGAACCUAACGAGUUCAAAUGUAAAAACGGUCGCUGUGCCCUCAAACUUUGGCGCUGCGAUGGAGACAAUGACUGUGAGGAUAACUCGGAUGAAACAGACUGCCCCACCAAGGGUCCUGGUGACAGGUGUGCUCCUGAGCAGUUUGAAUGCCUGAGCGAUCGCAGCUGCAUCCCAGCUAGUUACCAGUGUGAUGAAGAGCCAGACUGCCCUGACCGCUCCGAUGAGUACGGCUGCAGCCCUCCCUCUGUGACAAGCCCGCCAGAGGAGUCUGUUCAGGCAGCGCGGGGGUCAACGGUGACAUUCACCUGUCAGGCUGUCGGAGUGCCAACACCCAUCAUCACCUGGAGACUUAACUGGGGACACAUUCCCGUCAGUGGCAGGAUCUCCAUGACCAGUGAGAAUGGGCGUGGCACCCUCAUCAUUCGUGACGUGAAGGAAUCAGAUCAGGGGGCAUACACCUGUGAGGCCAUCAAUGCUAAAGGCCUAGUGUUUGGUAUCCCUGACGGAGUGCUGACUCUCACAUCGAAUCCAAACCCAGGCAACUGUCCUGAGGGUCACUUCAGUGUGUCGGGUCGCUGUGUGCCCUGCUUCUGUGCUGGAAUCACCAAGAACUGCAAGAGCACCGGCCGCUACCGCAACCAGAUGAGUCUGCGUUUCAAUGAUGAUGGAGACUACAAAGGAGUGAAUGUCACUUACCCAUCCAGGCCAGGCACUCCUCCUCUCUCCUCCACUCAGAUCAUCAUCAACCCUGAGAUGGAAGAAUUCCAGCUUGUCGAUCUGUCGCGUCGUUUCCUCAACCUUGACUCUUUUUGGACCUUGCCUCGCCAAUUUCUUGGCAACAAGAUCGACUCCUAUGGAGGAUCCCUGAAGUUUAAGGUGCGCUACAUACUGGCCCGCGGUCUGACUGAGCCUGUGGAGAAGCCGGAUGUCAUGCUUGUUGGAAAUGGACACAGGCUUGUGUACCGCAGAGGCAACGGCACCCCCGCCCGAGUGGUCAACCAGAAAGAGAUCAAAUUUACUGAAGAAAACUGGCAGCACUCCAAUGGCCGGCCUGUGAGCCGCGAGGACAUGUUGAUGACACUGGCCAACUUGGACAGCAUCAAUAUCCGCACCAUUUAUGACAACCACAUGGUCAGCGUAGCACUCAGUGACGUCGUCAUGGAUAUCACCUCCGUGGAGUUCAGCACCAUGGGUCAUGCUAAGAAUGUUGAAGAGUGCAGGUGUCCUCCCGGAUACACAGGCCUGUCCUGUGAGAUGUGUUCCUCUGGUUUUGAGCGUGUCCCCGGUGGCACCUAUCUUGGCACCUGCGCCGGCUGUAACUGUAAUGGACAUGCCAGCGCCUGUGAUCCCAUCAGCGGACACUGUCUGAGCUGCCAGCACAACACAGAGGGCCCUCAGUGUGACAAGUGUCGCCCCGGUUACUUUGGUGACCCGAGCCGAGGUCGCCCCGAUGACUGCAAACCCUGCCCCUGCCCGUACUACGAGACCUCACGCCGGUUCUCUGACACCUGCUUCCUGGACACUGACCAACAGCCAACAUGUGAUGCCUGCAGGCCCGGCUACACAGGAAGACGCUGUGAAAAGUGUGCUUCUGGUUACCAGGGUAACCCCCUUCUGCCUAAUGGAAAGUGUGUCCCUAACCUGAACUCCAAGUGUGAUAACAGAGGAACUAUCAACUCUAACAGCAGGCCAUGCAGCUGCAAGAACAACGUGGCAGGCGCUCAGUGUGACGAGUGUAAGGCUGGUUUCUUCCACCUGUCAGAGGCCAACCCUGAUGGCUGUCUGCGUUGCUUCUGUAUGGGCGUCACCAAACAGUGCGCCAGCUCCACUUGGAAUAGAGAUCAGGUGCGGGGAGGCGUAAACGGGCAGCUCUUCUCCCUCUCCAACAGUGCCAACACUAAAACUAUCUCUGAAGGCAUCUCUCAGAGGGGCUCCUCUGAAGUUGUCUACCGCUCCUUUUCCAACAUCCCCAACGACAUCUACUAUUGGGUCCUACCUGAGAGCUUCAGAGGAGAUAAGGUGACGGCCUAUGGUGGAGAGCUUCGCUACACCGUUCGUUUUGAACCAUCUCAGCGCUCACUGGUGAUUGACGGUCAGCCAGAUGUGGUUCUCCAGGGCAAUGGCAUCUUCCUUGAACACUACUCUCAGACCAAGGCCCUCCCUCGUGUCCCACAAACUGUCACUGUCACUUUCCGAGAGUCUGCGUGGCGUCGUGCUGAUGGGCAGCCGUGCACCCGUGAGCACCUCCUGAUGGCUCUGGCUGAUGUUACUGUCUUCAUGAUCAGGGCCACCUACGCAGACAACAUGGCUGAGAGCAGUAUCUCAGACAUCAGGAUGGACGUUGCUGUUCCUCACUCCACUGGUAAUGAACGUGCUCUGGAGGUGGAAGAGUGUGCCUGCCCACAGGGAUACAGAGGACCUUCUUGCCAGGAGUGUGAUGAAGGUUACACUCGCACAAGCUCUGGCCUUUACCUGGGCACUUGUGAAAGGUGCGACUGCAACGGGCACGCCAGCAGCUGUGACCCAGAGACCGGCAGGUGUCUGCUAUGUCUCCAUAACACCGCUGGGCCAAGGUGUGAACGCUGUCAGUCUGGUUUCUAUGGAAAUCCCGCCACAGGUGGUCCUCAGGCCUGCCAGCCCUGUCCCUGUCCUGGAACCACAUCCAACAACCAAUUCUCCCCAACCUGUUACCUGGAGCCAGACGGUCAGCCAACCUGUGACAACUGCCCCCCUGGAUACACUGGUCGACGCUGUGAGAGAUGUGCUGCAGGAUACACUGGCAACCCACUGCUUGGACAAAGAUGCCAUGUUGGCAAUGAUGACAAUGGUAACUGCUACAACUGUAACAGAGAAGGAAGUGAGGGCUGCAAUGGUGGUGCGUGUCGCUGCAAGAUGAACGUUGACGGCCCAUACUGCUCCGACUGUAAGUCCGGAACUUUCCAUUUUAGCCCGAAAAACAAAGAUGGCUGCCUGUCCUGUUUCUGUAUGGGCGUCACCCAGCAGUGCUCCAGCUCUACCUACUACAGAGACCUGGUGUCCUCAGUCUUUUCACCAGGGAACUUCCAGGAAUUUGCUCUGGUCAAUCGUCAACGCACCAACCGCAUCUCUAAUGGUUUCUCAGUGGAGGUUUCCACUACAGGCACUCAGCUGUCGUACAGCAACUUUGACAAUCUGGGACAGGAGGUUCAGUACUGGCAGCUUCCUGGAGGCUACCAGGGAGACAAGAAGGAUGUUUUCUCCUCUCGUAUAAAACGAGCAGAGCAGGGUGAUGUCAGACAGCUGGAUGAUCAGGUCUGGGCCCUCUUCUCUAACUUCACCCGUCGACAAGCUGGUUCCCCUCCAUUCGCCCCUUCCUCUUUUUCUCCCCAUUCCUCUAAAUCUAAAUCUGCCUCAUCCUCUUCAUCUUCUCGGGUCCCAGCUUCCUCUUCUUCUUCUUCCUCCUCCUCUCAAUGGUCUUUACGUAACCUGAGCCCCCCUUCUUCUUCAUCUGGUAUCUCCUCUUCAAUUAGACCAACCAGACCCCAACCCUACUCCCCAGGCCAUUCUCCUCAUCUGCAGUACGCUCUGGUCUACAAAGGUUUCAGCUUGCUCCAGGAUGAUCUGCUCUACUGGCAGCUCCCAGCGCAGUUCACAGGGGAUAAGGUGGGUUCCUAUGGCGGUAAACUCAAAUACACCAUUUCCUAUGUGCCUGGUUCAAGAGGAACUUUUAUUGAGGAUGCCAACGUCCAGAUUAUCGGUAAUGACAUCACUCUGGUAGCCUUCCAGACCUGGAAUAGGAACUCGCUGGUUGGCUCGAAGGAGCAUAGUCAGUUUGAGAUUGUCUUCAGAGAGGAAAAUUGGCGGCGUCCCGAUGGCAUGCCUGCCACCCGAGAACACCUGAUGAUGGUCCUGGCUGAUCUGGAUGACAUCCUGAUCCGAGCAUCUUACGCUUCUGAGAUGCGCUCCUCCAGUAUCUCUGAUAUCAGCAUGGAAGUUGCGGUGCCCAACUACAGUGGCUUGGCACAGGCCCUCGAAGUGGAGCAGUGCCGCUGCCCACCUGGGUACCAGGGACUCUCCUGCCAGGACUGCGCAUCUGGAUAUACUCGCACUGGGGGAGGCUUAUACCUGGGUCACUGUGAGCUUUGUGAAUGCAAUGGCCACUCUGACUCAUGCCACCCUGAAACUGGCAUCUGCACGAGCUGCCUGCAUAACACUCAGGGUGAGCUCUGUGAACAGUGCGCCCCAGGCUUCUUUGGCGACCCCACUGUUGGCACUCCAGAGGACUGCCAGCCCUGCGCCUGCCCUCACACUGACCCAGAAAACCAGUUCUCUCCAACCUGUGAGAGCCUUGGAAAUGGAGGCUACCAGUGUACUGCCUGUCAGCCUGGAUACACUGGCCAGUACUGUGAACGUUGUGCUCCUGGAUAUAUUGGCAACCCACAGGAGAGGCAGAAAUGUCGUCCAUAUGAUGCUGCAGCCUCCCUGGUGGUGAAGGUUUAUCCGGAGAGGGUCCUGGCUACCCAGGGUGGGCCUGUCACUCUGCGGUGUCAGGUGUCUGGCUCUCCUCCACACUAUUUCCACUGGUCCAGAGAGGAUGGACGUCCCAUCUCACACAGUACUGACAGACGCAGACAAGGAGCAGAACUGUACUUCCCUACUGUUCAGCCGAGUGAUGCCGGUGUUUACGUCUGUACCUGCAGAGACCAGCACAGCACCAACAGGAGCCGUGCUGAAAUUGUUGUCACCAGUGUCCCUUUCAAACCCAUUGAGGUGACAAUUGAGGAGCCCAAAGCCCAGACUGUUAGGGUGGGGUCCACUGUCAGCUUCAUUUGUACUGCAAAGAGCAAGUCACCAGCCUAUACUCUGGUAUGGACCAGGCUGGGUAACGGGAAGCUUCCCAACCGUGCCAUGGACUUCAACGGCAUCCUGACGAUUCAGAAUGUCCAGCCGGAGGAUGCUGGACUUUACAUUUGCACUGGCUCCAACAUGUUUGCCAUGGAUGAGGGCAAAGCCAUCCUCUACGUGCCAGAAGCCUCACAGACUCAGAUGUUUUACACAGCCUAUGAAAUGUUUGAAGGACACAGAAAGCCUGCAGAGGGGGCUCAGCCUGUUGCCACCAUCACUCCCUCAGUGCUGAAUGUCCAGCAGGGCCAGAGGGCAGAGUUUCGCUGCACAGUGACUGGGAAUCCAACCCCUGCCAUCGAAUGGAUCGGAGGUCCAGGGAACAGAAUGAGUCCCAGAGCUGUGAUAAGAGGUGGUGUAUUGACCUUCACAGCAGUGGACUCAACUGAUCAGGGAGAAUACGUCUGCAAGGCCCUGAACACUCAUGGGGAGCACACAGCACAAGCUUCUCUAUUCAUCCAAAAGUCCAACCCAGGUGGCCUAGGUACCCAGCCCCAAGUCCAAGUCAGUCCCCAAAAUGUUGAAGUCCACGAGGGCGACACCUUGAGGUUGUACUGCAGAGCAUCAGGAGCCCCCACCCCGAAGCUCACCUGGCUGAAAAAUGGAGGAGAAAUCCCUCCACAGGCCAUUCCCUCUCAUGGUUUCCAUCAGUUUAAAAGCAACAGUAUCGAUGUGUUACAGAGACGUAUUGAGGAGCUGCAGGCCCGCAUGGACCGCACCGACAUCGGUACUCUGAUCAUCCCGAACAUCGAGAUGUCCGACUCCGGCAUUUACAUGUGUGUCGGUAGCAACAGCAUUGGCUCAAAUAGUGCACCUGUUAAAGUCACUGUGCUUAAAGCAGAACAUGCCUCCUCAGUUGUCAGCAUCCAGCCAUCUAUAGCUGAUGUCCAGGAAGGCCAGAGUCUGGAGCUCAACUGUUUUGCUCCUGGAAAUCCUCCACCCCAAGUCACCUGGACGAGAGCCAGUGGCCGCCUUUCCUCCAACCACCAGGUUCGUGGCAGUCAGCUGCGAAUCCUGUCAGCCACUCAAGAGGACUCAGGAGAGUAUAUCUGUCGGGCGCAGGGACACACUGGAAACCCAGGAUCUCAUAUCCACCAGGCCUCUGUCUCUGUAUCUGUCACUUCAUCUUCUUCGCGUCUUCAGAGUCCAAUCAUCGCCAUCGAGCCCCACAGUGCUGCAGUGCGUGUGGGCGAGUCGGCCAGUUUCAGGUGCAGGGUGUACAGCGGAGCCCAGCCUGUCAGACUGGAAUGGAAACUGGCCAACAACCAAGCACUGCCAGAUAAUGUCAAAGUUGGGCCUGAUGGUUCUGUUCUUACCAUUGCCAAUGCCCGCCCUGCCAACCAUGGUGCUUUCCGUUGUGUGGCGAGCAACCCAUUCGGCAUCACCCACACCAUCGUGUCUUUGAUUGUCAAAGAGACUCCUAUCGCCACCGUCACCCCUGUUGGGCCCGUGCAGGUCAGAGUGGGUGAACCCAUCAACCUUGAGUGCCAGGCAUCAGGAGAGCCCCGCCCUUCAGUCUCAUGGCACAGGCUGGACAGCAACCGUAAGACCAUGCUGAGCAGCCCUGUACCAAUGGAGUCCAAUGCCGUCAUGCAGAUACUUGUGGCACGCCUAGAAGACAGUGGCAUGUAUGUCUGCACAGCUCGCAACAAUGAGGGCACCACUGAAACCAGGGUGGAGGUGAUCGUUGAGGGAGGAUCUCAAGUGCCCUCUGUGCCCAGGGCUUCUGUUCCUGAGCCGCUGAUGGUUGUAGUGGAAGGACAGACCACAACACUGCGCUGUGACGCCCACGGUUUCCCAGCCCCGACAAUUACCUGGUCCAAGCUGCGGUCUCCUCUUCCUUGGAGACAUAAGAUAGUGAACAACAGCCUGGUGCUGCCCAGCGUGGGCCGUCAAGACUCUGGAGAAUACAUUUGUACUGCCACCAACAACAUGGGCACCACUGAAGUCACCAUCAUGCUCGAUGUAGAGACCCCUCCAUAUGCCACCUCUCUGCCCAAUGAUGUGGCAGUGCGGGUUGGGGAGGUGAUCCGGUUGCAGUGCCUGGCCCAUGGCACUCCACCACUGACCUACGCUUGGACCAAGUUGGAUGGAGACCUGCCCCCAAGAGCCCAGGUUAACGAUGGGGAUCUCCAGAUCAACCUGGCUACCACUGAGGAUGCUGGGAGCUACAAGUGUGUGGCCGGCAACAAAGUGGGCAACAGCGAAGUGAUAGCUAAAGUCACAGUCAGAUCCCCAUUGGCAGUCCGUGUGUCACCCCAGGUGGAGGUAAGGGGUCGGGGCAGUGCUGUGGAGUUCACCUGUUCAGCAGCAGGUGGAGUCGAAACCAAAAUUGAAUGGCUGAAGGAAGGAGGUGCCCUGCCACCAAAUCAUCAUAUCAAGGAUGGAGUGCUCAGGAUUGAGAACCUCGAGCAGAGCAAUGAAGGUGUUUAUAUCUGCAGAGCCAGCAGUGUGUUUGGACAGGCUCAGGACACUGCCAGGCUGACCAUCCAAGCCCUGCCAAAGGUGAUGAUCAAUGUGCGUACUUCAGUGCAGACUGUGAUGAUUGGAAACUCGGUGGAGUUUGAAUGCCAGGCUGUUGGUGACCCUGAGCCCACAGUGAAGUGGAGUAAAGUUGGCGGCUCUCUGCCAACUCACAUUAUGGUGAAAGGGGGCAUGCUGAAGAUCGAGAAUGUGACGGAGGCUGAUGCCGGGCAAUAUCGCUGUACAGCCACCAAUGAUGUAGGCUCAGUAGAGUCUCAGGUCGUCCUUAAUGUCCAGUCACUUCCUCAGAUUGCUGCACUGCCAGAAACUAAGGAGGUGACAAUAGGGUCUGAUGCAGUCUUGCCCUGUGUGGCCUCUGGAUACCCUGUACCUGACAUCAAAUGGUCCAAGCUGGAUGGAGAGCUUCCUCCAAAGUGUUUCCAGGACGUCAAUGUGCUCACAGUUCCUCGGGUCACUGAAGCGGAUUCGGGGACAUAUGUCUGCACCGCCUCCAACAAACAGGGCAAAGUGGACGCCUUUACUAAACUUGAAGUUCAUGAGAGAGUGAUGCCAUACUUUCCCCAGGAUCCCCUGUCCUACCUCACUCUUCCUACCAUCAAAAAGGCCUACAAGGCUUUCAGCAUUAAGAUCAACUUUAGACCUGAUAAUGUUGAUGGUCUCAUGUUGUACGCCGGUAUGAUCCUCUACAAUGGCCAGAGGAGUACCACAGGAGCUGACUUUAUCUCUCUGGGACUUGUGGGUGGUCGGGUAGAGUUCAGGUUUGACGUGGGCUCCGGCAUGGCCACCAUACGCGACCCCAACCCCAUCAAACUGGGAGAGUUUCACACGGUUGAGCUGUAUCGUAACCACACCCUGGGCUAUAUCAUUGUAGAUGGAGGGGAGCCCAUUAAUGGCAGUUCACAGGGCAAGUUCCAGGGCUUGGAUCUGAAUGAGGUGCUGCAUGUGGGGGGUUAUCCCAACUACACAGUCCUCGCCAAAACUGCGGGCAUUAAAACCGGGUUUGUUGGCUGUAUCCGUCAGCUGAUCAUUCAAGGUGAGGAGGUCAUUUUCAAAGAUCUUCACCGCAGCGCUACCGGUGUCACAAACUGUCCCACCUGCAAAGAUCGCCCAUGCCAGAAUGGAGGGAGGUGCGAGGACUUAGAUGCCAGCUUGUACAAGUGCGGCUGCCCCAGAGGAUUUACAGGCAGCAAUUGCCAACACCACUCAUCCCUGCACUGCCACUCAGAGGCCUGUGGACCAGACGCCACUUGCAUCAACCAGCAAAACGGCCUGGGAUAUUACUGCCGCUGCCAUCUCGGCAAGUUUGGAGACAAAUGCAUGGAUGGGGAACUGAUCACCACUCCGCUGUUUGACGGUACCGAGUCAUACAUAGCUUAUCCUCCCCUCACCAACAUCCAUGAUGACCUGCGUGUUGAGCUGGAGUUCAAACCAGUGGACAGAGAUGGGCUGGUGUUCUUCUGUGGAGGGAAGAAAAUGAAAGUGGAGGACUUUGUAGCCAUCUCCAUGGUGGGCGGGCACGUAGAGUUCAGAUAUGAACUGGGCACAGGCCAAGCAGUCCUUCGGAGUACAGAACCACUCUCUCUGGGUCAGUGGCACACAGUUGUGGCCGAGCGGAACAAGAAGGCCGGCCACCUGAAGGUCGACCACGGCCCAGUGGAGAGGAGGACAUCUCCAGGAAAUGCCCAGGGUCUCAAUAUCCACACCGCCAUGUACCUGGGAGGAGUUCCCGACAUGGACAUCCUGCCUAAGCCCGCCAAUGUCAGCAAGAUGUUUGAGGGUUGUAUAGGAGAGGUUGCCAUCAACAACAAGAAGGUGGAUCUGUCCUACAGUUUCACAGAAGACAGAUCCAUUCGCAAGUGUGUGGACGACAGUCCCUGUGACCGCCGGCCCUGCCAGAAUGGUGGUCACUGCAUGUUGAGUGCUGAAUAUGAGUACCAGUGCCUCUGUAAGGAUGGCUUUGAAGGUGACCAUUGUGAGGUGGUGAAAUACGUUUGCCUGAGCAACCUUCAAUGCCAGAAUGGCGGCAGCUGUGUCAACGGCCAGUGUGUGUGUACUCCCGGCCACACAGGCCUGAACUGUGAAGAAAGCCAGUUCUUCAGCUUCCCCGAGGCCCCGAGGAAUUUGGAAGCUAGCGAGGCGAAUGAUUCACCCUAUCAGUAUGCAGCUCAUUUCAAUAAUGAUGGAUACAUCGCCCUUCCUAGAGGAGUUUUCCCAAGAGGUGCACAUGACUCGCCAGAGACCAUCGAACUGGAAAUCAAUACCGGCUCCUCUGAGGGCCUGAUCCUGUGGCAGGGAGUGGAGACCACUGGCGCACGCAAUUUGCGAAAGGUGCAUGCUAGUAAAAAGGAACAUGGAGAACAUGGCAAAGGCAAGGACUUCAUUAGCCUCGGUCUACAGAAUGGACACCUUGUUUUCAGUUACCAGCUGGGCAGCGGAGAGGCACAGAUCUUGUCCCGGAGGUCGAUCAAUGAUGGGAGAUGGCAUAAGGUUACAGCAGUCAGAACUGGAAAAGAGGGAUACAUCCAGAUCGAUGGAGGAGCCGCACUACAUGGACAGUCUAAGGGCACAAAGGUCAUGGUCAACACCAAAGGCAGUAUAUACCUUGGUGGAGCACCAAACAUGGCUGCUAUGACAGGAGGGAAGUUUUCCUCGGGAAUGACAGGCUGCGUGAGGAACCUGACACUGAUGAACGCCCGGCCGGGACAGCAGCCAGCCCAAGCCAUCGACCUGCAAUCCCACGCAGCCCACGGCACCAACGUGCAGCCAUGCUCUUCAUAGACCGCAACAUACACAUGCAAAGAUGAACACACACACACACACACACACACACACACAAACACACUUACAGAUAUACCCACAGAGACUAUGGAGUGAUGCCACACACACACACAA